AUGACAGAUAACAGGUUGACGAUGACAGGCAAUUUAACCAAUAAACAAAAAUAUAUAACAAUAACAAACAAAUUAGACUUUAAGUUGAAGUGAAUAUAUUAUAUUAUUCUUGUUUCCAAAUUGUUUAUGCAAAAAUGGAAGUUGGCUCAGAUGUAACCUUUUGCAAUGAAAUAUCUAUGAUGAUGUUCGGCUUUGGUGACAGUCAUAAACCAAACCCAGAAACUGUUAGGCUUGUGGAAAGUAUAGUGUUGAAACAGCUCAGGACAAUUAUCCAAGCAGCUCUUAAAUAUGCAGAGGGAGAAACCUUAAAAGGGCACGAACUAGUCUUUCUGAUGAGACAUAAUAAACACAAAAUGAGACGGUUUGUAAAGUAUCUGAUUAAUAAACAAAAUCAAAAACAACUGUUUAAAAGUGAAAUUGACUCAAAUCUGGAAGAAUCAUCCAAAAAUGUAUUACUUGAGUUCAUUGAAAGAAUUGAUGAAACUGAAGAAUUUACAAAUUUAACAGAAUUAGAUGAAAUCAAACAUGAGAGACAAUUAAGAGCUGAUAGAAUAUCACAAGCUUUAGAUGAGAAAAAAUAUCUUGAGUUUUGUAAGGCACGAUGCUCAUCCUUUUAUAGUAAAGGUACAUCUCAUAGGAGUUUGGAUAAAUUAAGACAGUGGGUUGACCCAAGAAAGGAAAUUAGCUUUAAAGAUGAUGCUCUUGAUGUUCUAGCUUACUAUGCGUACCAAACUGUGGCUGAAAUAACUGAUUAUGCACUUUUAGUUAGAAUGGAUGCAAAAUGUGGAACUGACCCAUUAAAUCAUUUAACAGGUUCAUAUUAUACUGCCACAAUGUUUACUGGAAAACAUAGGUUUGAAGAAAGAAAUCCAGAUUACAGUAAAGUUUAUAUGAGCCAGCAGGCUAUUAGUGUUAAUGAAAUUAAAGAAGUAAUGAGAAGAGUUUGUACUCCACAAGUAGGAAGGUUAAAUUUUGGAGGAAAAUUACCUGAAACUCAACAUUUAUUUGCACUGUAACUAAACUGCACCAUUUUAAGUGAAAAUGAUUGUAGUCACAGUAUGUAAAUAUAGGUGUAAAAUAUUUUAUUAGCUUUAACAAAUAUUUAUACUUUUACAUAAAUUAAUAAUAUAAUUCUG